AUGUCGGCAGUGCAAGAAUCCUUCGAAGCGCUAUCGGUGAGACUGGCUGAUUCGGAGGAGAGAGACUCAUGGGCCCAGCAGAGCGAAGCCAUCAACCUGGAUAUCCAGGAUAUCAUGGUCGAUGUGCUCGUGGUAUUUCUGCAAUUGCCCAAGCUAGACACCUCUCUGGAGGCGGUGGAGGCAUGGGCCACGGCGUUUGACCGUUUGUUUGAAAUUGUGCCUGGACUAAAGCCUGUUUUCAAUACUGCUCCGCUGGAGGACCUAGAAACGAGGUUCGAAGGCCGCCCGGGCCGCUUCUACUCGCCAAUUGAGGAGGAGUAUUUUCUAGCCACGUUUUUUCAGGACUUCUGGCAAAUGCUUCUAGGCACAGACAAGUUAGGCGACCUUGCCGUGGGCAGCACGCUAGCUGAUCCUCGGGACGACCUGAUCAACGUGUAUGAGUUUGUGAAAGAGAGGAAAAACGGUCCCAGAAAUGCUCCACGAAGACGCUCGAGACGAGAACUGGCGCUUCGAGACCCCAUUGCUGCUGCUGCCGCUGCUGCAUUACGAGAGCAUGAUAAGGUCGCCGCCAAUGACCCCAAGUCGACGUCAAGAGCCAUCGAAAAGCACUUGAUGGCGUUGUUGGACGCCUACACCGACGCAGACUCGGCCUUUGACAGGCUAGAGCUCACGGCGCUGGCAGUGGAAAGCCUCGAAACGAGCCAGGUGGGCCGGUUCUUCCUGAAGUUCAAGAGACAGGAGUUUGCCUUGUUGUAUGCUUCUGUGAGGGGCACCCUGUGUCUGCUGGUGUUGGUGGACGUGUUGACAAAAUACUACAUGGAGUUUCAGGCCGAAACCCAUUUGUUCAAUGCUCCCGACUACGGCACGUUCAUCAAGGAUCUUAAGCGCAGCUACAAGAAUAGUGAGUCAAGGACAACGUAA